CUUUCUUCUGCUUCCAAGCCCUGUCGCAUGUCACAAUCAGAACCACUAUUGCCAAGGCGCAAUAUGAGAACUUUUCCUGGUCCCGGACUGUUGUGGAGGACUGGUGCUAUCUUCGUUACGGCGGGCGUCAUUGCUGGCGCUUUCGGGGCGCAUAGCUUGCGGGGUAGACCCGGUAUGACUCCCGACAAGAUUGCUGCUUUCAAGACUGCGUCCGAAUAUGCUGUUUUCAACGGCCUCGCAUUGCUACUGGUGUCUAUGCAUCCUCGAUUUGCAUUCCAUCCCUUUGCUGGACCUGCAAUCGCUGCAGGAGGGCUUUUGUUUUCAGGAUCAAUAUUCGCACUGACCCUGAACAGCAAAUUGAAGCCUUUGGGUCCCGUAACGCCACUAGGCGGAGUUUGCCUCAUUGCAGGAUAUCUCUCUCUUGCCAUUUGAUAAAUCUCAUAAACUGGUCCGUGUUGACUGCGUAGCAUAUUCAUACAGCUUUAUUUUUUGGUUGGCUCGACAGUCCGUGUAAGUCGAGCAUCGUGCAAAGAUCACGGGAAUGCACCUGGAGAAAUUGCGUGUGUUGACCUCUACAGUUAUUUACCGGUCAUUGGAACGCCGAAAAAUAUUUUUUGUCCCAUCCACCACACAUCGUCUUUUUCCUCAAAUAAAGUAGCCACAAAAUUUUUAAUAUUACUCAGUGAUGUCAAUACAAAGUAUGAACUGAAUCAAAGCAUCUAGUAUUGAGAUAUUCUUAAUUUACAGUGUUUCAUUGACUGGUAAAUGACCACGUGGUAAACCCCUGCCAAAUUUGCAUCACUGUUCGAUUUUUCACGGGGUCAGCAGUAGCGCUAAAAUUCCCAAAAAAUCACUAAAAAUCCAUAACAUCUAUGUCUCCGAUUAUACAACACUGUCAGGCAGCGGAACUGGGGAGAAGGAGGCU